CUAUUGCGGGCAUGCGCAAUGAGCGUUCCAGCGCCACCACCCAUUAGCUGAGAAUCGUAGCUGGGGGCUCAGGGGCCCUUGGGUCCCCGCGGCCAAAGAAGGAGAAGGAAGCCGAGGAGGUCGGGGUAACUGCUGAGAAAACUGCACUGCUCACCAACAGCUGAUGAAAUUAGUGAACAAGCAAAUCAACCAUGUCUUACACUCCAGGCGUUGGUGGUGACCCCGCCCAGUUGGCCCAGCGUAUCUCUUCCAACAUCCAGAAGAUCACACAAUGCUCUGCGGAAAUACAGAGGACUCUGAAUCAACUUGGAACACCUCAAGAUUCACCUGAAUUGAGGCAACAGCUCCAGCAAAAGCAGCAGUAUACAAACCAGCUUGCCAAAGAAACAGAUAAGUACAUUAAAGAGUUUGGAUCUCUGCCCACUACCCCCAGUGACCAGCGUCAAAGGAAAAUACAGAAGGAUCGCUUAGUGGCUGAAUUCACAGCAUCGCUGACAAACUUUCAGAAGGUGCAGAGGCAGGCUGCCGAGAGAGAGAAAGAAUUUGUUGCUCGAGUAAGAGCCAGCUCCAGAGUAUCUGGUGGUUUUCCUGAGGAGAGCUCAAAAGAAAGGAAUCUUGUAUCCUGGGAAAGCCAAACUCAGCCUCAGGCUCAGUUGCAGGAUGAAGAAAUUACAGAGGACGACCUGCGCCUUAUUCAGGAGAGAGAGUCUUCUAUCAGACAACUCGAAGCUGAUAUUAUGGAUAUUAAUGAAAUAUUUAAAGAUUUGGGAAUGAUGAUUCAUGAGCAAGGAGAUGUAAUAGAUAGCAUAGAAGCCAACGUGGAAAAUGCCGAGGUGCACGUCCAGCAAGCAAACCAGCAGCUGUCAAGGGCAGCAGACUAUCAGCGCAAAUCCAGAAAAACCCUCUGCAUCAUCAUUUUUAUCCUUGUUAUUGGAGUUGUAAUUAUCGGUCUCAUCAUAUGGGGAGUGAAAGGCUAAGAUGAUAAAGGAGCACACUACUGCACUACAUUAUGUAAAUUAUGUAGGAAGAUUCCUUUAAUCAUGGUGGGUUUUUUUUAUUAUAUUCUUUUAAAGCAGUUGCCUAAAGGAUGGUUCCCGUACUCUGUUAUUUUUAUUUGGAAGAAAGUUUUCUUUGGAUUAAAUCUUAUAUUUUCUAAUGCUGAAAGUUUUCCUAUAUAUCACUGCUGGCAUGCUUUUCAAUCUAAUAACUGUUCUGCCCACAUUGUAUUUGCUUUUCAUCUAUAAUUUAUUUAUCCUGUUGACUUAGCUUUUGGAAAUUAGUAAAUUUAAAGGUGUGUGUGUGUGUGUGUUUUCUGUGUGCACCUUCCCAUCACAAUGUAACAUGCACCCAUGUUUGUGUCACUUUGAUUACAGAUCUUCAAUUUAAUUUUGAUUUGUGCCAGCAGAGGAAACAUUGUCAGUAACUUUCAAAAGUAACAUAUAUGUCUGUGUUUGGUAUUUUGUUGUUUUCCUGGUUCACAGCAGCAUAAGUUGUCUAUUUAACUUUUAUCUUUGUUUUUCUCUUAAGACCCUUGUUGAUUCUCAGUGAAGUCAGUGAAUAACUUCCUAGUAUAUCUUUCACUCCUGAUGUGUAGAUAGUAAGCAUUUGUUGUAGAUUGCCUAGUAAAAUGCUAAGGAUAGGUUGUUUUUAUAUAGGUUCUGUUGAGCCUGACGUUCCUUUACAAGGAACUGUGUUGUCAGUAUAAAUGUUUAAUGUGAUCUGGAGGAAGAGUAUGACAAAUCGGUACCUAUUGUGUUAGAAUUCUAAAGACCCCAAACUUAUUCUGCUGUGUAUCUCCACAGCUGUUAUGAUGGAAAAUUAAUUACCUUCCCUUUUGUCCUAUAGAAUAAUGAUUACAUUUGUGUCCUUGGGUCAAGAUUACUUUGGGGAAGUAACUUUCCCACAGUUAUUGUUUUUGGGCACCUAACACUUAAAAUUCUUUGCAUAUAAUUUUGUACCAUCCUACAUUAGCAAAUGAAUUGGAUGUUUGCCAAUUAACUCACUUGCCUUUUAAAAUCAAUGUUGUUUUAAUGCACUAAUCUGUAUACUAUAAAGAAGAUCAUCUUUAUAGUUUGUAUUUUAUAAUGUUCUUACAUAGCAGUUUGAUAGUGAAGGCAAUGUUUUACAUGGCAAGCUAUGAGACUUCAGAUGGGAACAAAUAAAAUAUUAAGUAACUAAGUAAAUUGUAUCUUUGCAAGCAAAAUAAAGAUGAUUUUAAAAGUG